CGACCGAAAUUAACGACCGAAAAUUUCGGUCGUUAAAAAGGCGGCCGUAACGACCGAAAUUUUAAUAUUAACGACCGUUUUGUUUAAUAUUUUAAAUCUUAUUUUUUUUUAUUUCCUACGACCGAACGAAACGGUCGUUAACUUAUAACGACCGUAACUACGACCGUUUUUACGGUCGUUGGUUUUUUUUUUGAAUUUUGAUAUAUUUUUAAUGUAACGACCGUUUCUAACGGUCGUUGUAUUUUAAUUUAUUUAAAUUUGAGUUCUGAUAUUUUUAAGUUUUCGGAAAUAUUUAACGACCGUUUUUUAACGGUCGUUGUAUUUUAAUUUAUUUAAAUAUAUUUAAUAUUAACGACCGAAAUAAUUAUUUAUAACGACCGUGUUUCGGUCGUUGUAUACCGAAAAUUAUUAAUAUUUUAAUUAAAAUUAGCAACGACCGAAAAACGGUCGUUAAAUUGAAAUUCGGUCGUUGAAUUCGCGGACUUAACUUAGGUUUUCUAAUUUUUCCCCCAUUUUCUUCUCCACCCUUUCCUCCUCCGAUUCUCCACCUCCUUCCGCCGAUUUCGCCGUUCCCGACACCGCCGCCUCCGUCCAUCGAACGGCCACCUCCACCGGACGCCGCCGCUGCUGCUCCUCUCCGUCCGACGCGACCGCUGCUGCUUCUCUCCGUCCGACGCGACGCGACCGCUGCUGCUCCUCUCCGUCCGACGCGCCGCCGCCGCCGCUCUCCGUCCGACGCCGCUGCUCUCCGUCGACGUGAUACUCUACGGUAAGUUAAUUAAUUAUUCAUCCUAACCCUAAUUAAUUAUUUUUUAUAGAUUUCAUCAAUUAUUAACCCUAACUCUAAUUCCCAGCCCCCUGCCCUCACCGGACCGCCCCUGCCCUCGCCGGAAAGCUCCUGCCGUUGCCGGAAUAAGAGAUUGUAGGAAAUAUAAACAUGAGUUUAGAUAGAGGGUGGAUGUAUAGGCGAUAUGCUCAAGGUAGUCUAACAGGAGAGUUCAUGGAUGGAUUGGAAGUAUUUAUCCAUUAUGCACUUUCUCGACCGGACUUAAUGAUUGGAAAUAAGAUCAAAUGCCCAUGCACGAAAUGUAAGAACAAAAAAUUUGAUACUCCAAUGACUGUUAGGGUUCACUUGGCAAAGAAUGGUUUUAUCCCUAGAUACCAUAUAUGGACGAUGCAUGGUGAAGCGUUAGUGCAAGUCCCUGAUGUUGCUAGGCGUAUUGUAACCAUUGAGGAAGAUAGAGAAGUUAAUCGUUAUGAGACGAUGGUGAUGGAUGUAGCGACAGCUCAAUUUCACAAUGUCGAUGAUCUAAUUGAAGAAUCUCCAAACCCAACAGCCCAACAUUUGUAUGAUAUGUUAAAGGCGGCUGAUAGAGAGUUGUGGCCUGGCUGUAAAACCCAUACCCAAUUAUCUCUUGUAGCUCGAUUGAUGAGUUUAAAAUCUGAUAAUAAUAUGUCUGAGCGAUGUUUUGAUCAGAUUUUGGAGUUGAUUAAAGAAAUAGUUCCCGAUAAUAAUUUGGUGACUGGAGAUUUCUACAGUGCAAAGAAAUUGCUUCGUGGGAUGGGUUUGCCAGUUGAGAAGAUUGAUUGUUGUCGUAAUAAUUGUAUGCUUUUUUGGGGGGAUGAUGAAAGCUUGAACGAGUGUAAGUUUUGCGAUGCAAACCGUUACAAAGAAUCUUCUGGUCCCAGUGGUAGUCGUCAACGACGCCUAGUUGCAGUAAGUCAGAUGCAUUACUUUCCCAUCACUCCAAGAUUGCAAAGGUUAUAUGCAUCUAAAGCAACAGCAGCUGAUAUGCGAUGGCAUGCUACAUCAGUUAAUGAUGGUGUGAUGAGACACCCUGCAGACUCACCUGCAUGGAAACAUUUUGACAACACAUUUCCUGAUUUUGCGGCUGAGGUCAGAAAUGUGAGAUUGGGGCUUUGUACUGACGGAUUCUCGCCAUUCAACAAUUUUGGAAAGCAAUAUUCCUCAUGGCCAAUCCUACUUACUCCAUACAAUCUUCCUCCUUGGAUGUGCAUGAGAGAACAACACAUAUUUCUCACUGCUGUCGUCCCUGGGCCACACAAUCCAAAGGAUAUGAUUGAUGUUUUUCUUCAACCGUUGAUUGCUGAGUUAUCUCAUCUUUGGGAAGUGGGUGUCCAAGCGUAUGACAUAUCAUUGAAGAAUAAUUUCCAAAUGCGUGCUGCACUUUUGUGGACAAUUAGUGACUUUCCCGCUUAUUCUAUGCUUUCUGGUUGGAGUACAGCUGGUAGAUUGGCAUGUCCACGUUGUUGUGAUGAUACAGAUUCUUUUCGAUUACCUUUGAGUGGUAAACAAUCCUGGUUUGACUGUCAUAGGAGGUUCUUACCCACUGAUCAUCCUUUUCGACGCAACAAAUAUGCGUUUAUAAAAAAUGCUCAAGUAAGAAAAGGUCCUCCACAAACAAAAAAUGGGUACCAGUUGUUGGCUGAGAUUGAGGGAUUGGGGAUUAAAAAAGUAACAGAAUUGACAGUUGAAGAGACUCGAUUACGGAUAUCUAAACGACAAAGAACUUAUGAAUCAGGUUGGAGGAAAAAAAGUAUAUUCUGGGAUUUGCCAUAUUGGAGUUCGUUGCUUAUACGUCAUAAUCUUGAUGUUAUGCAUAUAGAAAAGAACGUCUUUGAUAAUUUGUUCAACACCAUUAUGAACACUAAAGGCAAAACAAAGGAUACGGCCAAAUCUCGCGAAGAAUUGAAUAGGUUUUGUCGCAGACCUGAGUUAGAAGCCAAUGAACAAACAGGAAAGUACCCUAAAGCAUGUUAUAUGCUUGAUAAUGAUGAGAAAAGAAUCUUACUUAAGUGGAUUGAAGGGCUUAGAUUUCCUGAUGGCUAUGUAUCCUCGUUGGGUAGAUGUGUCAACUUGAGUACACUUCAAAUGUUUGGUAUGAAGAGUCACGAUUGUCACGUGAUGAUGCAACGAGUAUUGCCGGUCGCACUAAAAGAUCUUCUACCAUUCAAUGUGUGGAAAACAAUUACAGAUCUUUGUCUCUUUUUCAAAGAUUUGACUUCACCAAACAUUCAAGUUGACAAUCUUCUUCAGAUGCAAAAAAAUAUUCCUGUCAUUCUCUGUAAGUUGGAAAGAAUCUUCCCUCCUAGUUUCUUCGACUCUAUGGAGCAUCUUCCAAUACACUUGGCCGAUGAGGCUAUGAUGGCAGGCCCUGUACAGUAUAGAUGGAUGUAUCCAUUUGAGAGGUACUUGGGAAAGUUGAAGAAAACAGUUAAAAACAAAGCCAAAGUUGAAGGAUCAAUUACAAAUGCUUAUCUUGUGGAAGAGGCUACAGCAUUCUGUUGUUAUUACUCAAUCCGGGUCUAA